GGCCAGACAGUAGAGCUUGGUGUUCAAAUGCAGACAAGAUGUACGCAUGUACCUAUGUACAACAUUUUCGCAACCCCAGAUGGUGUGCAGUUUUCGGCGAAAACUCGACUGAUGCCGUUCGUAGAUAUCGAAAGUCGAAGUAGUCAGAUGGUGUUGAUAUUUGACCUGAUAUUUGAGAGCAUUUCCAUACUAAUAAGGUAAAAUGUCUCUUCUCACAACGCUGCCGACUCUCGACGGAGCCAGAAUAAUUGUCGUCGACGAAGAUAGCGAAGCCAAGUAUGCAGAGUCAUUGAUCACAGCUUGGGUACCAAUUUGGAAAGAAAAAGAUGGCAGAGAAAUUAAUGUCCUUCGUUUCUCUGGGCCGAAAAGUUCUAGCAGAAUCUACGCCAACUCUUUGAGAGGAGAUGAAAUCGAAGUCCACGACUAUUACACUUUUGGUUUGAACGAAAUUGACCCUUAUAGUGAUAAAAAGUUGUGGGAAAUAGUGAGAGUAGAUUCCUUUAAGCAAACAUCAACGGUUGUUCUUGACAGCCUUAGUUCGCUGCUUCUCUACAAAAGCCUUGCCGAAACAUGUAGGUUUUUAUCUAAGCUGAGCACGAGGGUAACGCUAGUGGUUUGCAUUUAUCAAAGGGAUUUUGUGUGGCACAAAAUACCGAGUAUCAAAACUUUGGGAACUAGCUAUGUACGUCUGGAAUCUGUCGCCAGCUUGAAACUAGGUGGCAAUUUAUCAUACAAAGCUUUGACGUCUCACUGUAAAUCUGGUGGCGGUAUUUUACACCAAGCUGAAAUUGUCGAGCAAAAUAUCAGCUCGUAUGAGAUUCAAACUGAAAUGGUUGGUCACAAAAGUGCCCAGAAGACAUCUGUAGUUCAGUCCAAACCUUCGGACAAAAUUCAAGCCUCGUUUAGGAUUGAGAUGAACGCCCGAGAAAUGGAGCAGAGAAAUGCUACUCCUCUGCCAUAUACCUUGUCAGCUGCUUCAUCGAACGAAUCCAAAAUCCAUUAUGAACCUGAUGAAAUUGACGAUUUGGAUGAAGAAGAUCCUGACAAUGAUUUAGACUUUUGAACAACGAGAACUUCAGGCUUCGUUCGAUUAAAUCUUUAUCCUCAAGUAAUACAUUUCAUGCUAGGUGGGAUAGAUAGGAAAACUGAAGGUUAAAUAUAGCUUACAUCCAUCAUAUAUUUACUAUUGAUUGGUACAAAUUUAAAUUAAAUAAAUUAUAUAAGCUAUAAAAUUCUCUAUUCAUUUGGUGCAUUGCUCUGUAAUUGUAAAGUAGGCCAAAUGUUAUAUUGGCUAAACAGUUAAAGUACUUUGCAGUCAAUUAUUGUACCACAUCGAUAUAACAACCUUUUUCUCCCUGCUGCUAAUAUUCGAGUUAUCAUAAGAGAAAGCCGAGAGAUCCUAAGAUAACACAACAUAACAAUAUCACGUACUGUCGUGAAUAUAUGGACAUAAAUUAAAUCGUAAAACGAAAACUAACAAGCUUUAUUUUGUUUAAAGAUAUACAUUAUUAACAUUCUACAAAUAACAUCAAUUGUAAAUUGUUCUGUAUUUGAAAAUAGCUGUGCUGUGGAAGACACAUGCAGAGAUAGUAAAUAUUAUUUGUCUAAUAAAUUGGCUACAUUAAAAAAUGUCUCAUUUCAUAGAAAAUAUUUCCAUUUCAUUCUACUUCAUAGAAUGGUGGUUAUAAAAAUUCGUUGGCCUGAUGAAGAAAUCGUAUGCUAAAGAUUAACACCGAAUUUACGCAGUUACAGUAUCAAUUAAGCAGGAUAUUCAGACCAAACAAUUGUGCGAUUCUUUCGUUUUGUAGCUGAUUAAAAAUUUCAUGUAAUAGAGUAAAACUGUUAGUCCUAGUUAAGUAACUCCACGCAAUAGAAUAAAAAUAUAUUCAUACGUCAAGCGCGUACGUGUUAUACGAAGAUCUACUCGUCAUUUUAAAAAUAUUCUAUAGAGCUAGCAGUAGUUUAAAAGGAACUGGUGUGCGCAAAGAGUAGUUUCUGGCUUUCAAAC